AAAGGCCGAUCCGUACUGAGCAUGCGUUCAUGAGUCAAACACGUUUUCUAACCACACAGAUUAUUUCAUCCCAAAAUGCCCCUAAUUUUAAUGUGCGGCUACCCCUGCAGCGGUAAAAGCCGACGCGCGCACGAAUUAAGAGAUCACUUCACUGAAAAUACAGACCGAAAAGUUUACAUUGUGGGAGAUGAAGAGCUCGGAGCGGACAGGAACUCCGUGUAUGCAGAUUCUCAGAGUGAGAAGAAUUUGCGAGGUGCUUUGCGAUCUGAGGUUGAGAGGAAACUCAACAAAGAAGAUAUUGUAAUUCUGGAUUCCUUGAAUUACAUUAAAGGUUACAGAUACGAGCUGUUUUGUCUGAUUAAACAUGCGCAGACACCACACUGUUUGGUCUACUGUUUAACGUCAGCUGAUUUGAGCUCAGAGUGGAAUAAGGAAAGAAAGGAAGGUUGUCAGUAUUCCCAGGAAAUCCUGGAUGCCCUCAUUUUGAGAUUUGAAGCCCCUGAUUCAAGAAAUAGAUGGGACAGUCCACUCUUUACCAUUCAGAAAGAUGACACUCUUCCAUUUGAAGCCAUCUCGGAUGCCAUUUUCAAAAGGAAAGCGCCCCCUCCUAACCAGUCCACACAAAGUCAACCCCUGUCCUCUACCAACUUUUUAUAUGAGUUGGACAAAGUAACUCAGGAUAUCUUAAUGGCUGUUCUUGACUCACAGAAGACCAGUGUCCCUGGGGACCUCAUUGCGAUUCCAGGAGCUACAGAAAAGAUAGAACUCACGAGAAGUCUUAACAUGGCUGAACUGAGGAAGCUUCGACGGCAGUUCAUCAGCUACACUAAGAUGCAUCCAACAGAGAACAUUGGGCAGAUAGCCAAUAUGUUUGUGCAGUACCUCAACAAGAGUAUGCACUGAUAACUGCAGUUGAAUUGAUUAGUGCCUAUGGUGCUUGUUCUCUUGCAAUAUUUUAAUUGCCUUCCAUAGUUAUAAGAGUUAUAAGAGCUUUAUUUAGUGUUUAUAUAUUUUAUUGGUUUUUAAAGUGUUGUGAUGCAGGAUUUCAAGCAUCUUCAAUGUAAUAAAGUCUCAUUUUUGGAUUGA